AUGUCACAUACAAAUUCUAUAAAAAAGAUUUUAUCGCAUAAAUUUAUUGACGAGGUAAAGCUAAGAAAAUACAUUAAGAAGUUAAUGAUUCCUCUUGGUCCAGAGGUAUGGACAGUCUUUUUAAAAGGAGGUCAUUCUGAUGAAUACACUGCUCUCGUAGAAAUGAGUUUUAAUCACAAUAAUUCUUACACUCCUUCAGAAGAUAUUCUUAUUUUUAUCAAAAAUAACAAUCUUCCUUUUUUCCAUCAGUUAGAAAUAAACAAAAAAAUUUUUCACCAAAUACAAAUAGACAUUAAAAGACUAAACCCUAGACAUGUGAAAAUAGGGAACCAAGACAUUUCAAAAUCAUAUCAGAAUAUUUUACUACUUAUAUCACAUAGAAGAUAUAAUUUAGGGUAUGUACAAGGGAUGGCAGAUUUUCUUGUUCCUUUUUUACAAUCAUGUCCCGAAUAUCAAGCGUAUUUUUUAUAUCUUGAUUUAAUUAAAAAAAUCGAGUUUAAUAUUAUUAAUUUACAAGGAAAUCUAAUACUUAGAUUUAGAGAGACAAUGGAAAAUAUUGAUCCAGUUUUGUGUACAUAUCUAAGUGAAAUAGGACUAGAGUUUCAUGUGUUUAGUUUUAGAUGGUUUAAUUGUUUGUUUUUUAGAGAGUUUAAAUAUGAAGAAUAUCUUAAAAUAUUUACUUUUAUUCUUGCACACAAAAACAUAAAUAAUAUUUUAAUUUACAUAGCAGUGGGGAUAUUAAGUAUUUUAAAGAGUGAUAUAAUCAGACAGGGAUAUAAUGAUAAUGUGUUGAUGAUACAAGAUUUGAAUAAUAGAAAGGGUGUUAAAGUGGAGAAGAUACUAGAAAAAGCUAAAAGGUUGUAUAAAUGUAAAAAAUUGUAG